GACUUUAAUCCAACGCGUGGAUUCAAAUUCUGAGAUCGUUCAUCCAACGGUGGAGAUCUGCUCACCUUGUUCUAUAAAUAGGUGCAUUCUGGAGACGCGACUGUUCACUCCAAAGGAAAAGAAAUUUUCUUCCGAGCUCAAGCCUUUCUCUCUCAACUCUUCAGCCUUUCUCUUCUCAAAUCCCCAGUUUUUCACUCUCAAAUCUUCAAUCCUUCUCUCUCAGAUCUUUUCUUCCAUUUGAAGAUUCGAUCUCUUCUUUCCUCUGAACUUUCAGAUCUCCAAUACCCCUUCAUCGACCUUAAUCCUUCUAAGGUCAAUCUCCCACAAACACUCAACAACUUCGUUCUUCAAUUUACACUUCCUCUCAACUCAUCACCAUGGAACCACGAACUCUGCAACUAAUGGAGCUACAAACCCAGCAACAAAUCGAGGAUGGAGGAAACAACCAAGCAGCCGGGAGUAGUGCCAACACAGAUUUCUGGCGAAGCCGUGCCAGGUGGGUUCCUACUCCAGAUCAAAUAAGGAUCCUCAGGGAUCUUUACUACGACAAGGGAGUUAAGACCCCAACUACAGAGCAGAUUCACGAGAUCUGUCUCCAGCUGCAACAGUAUGGACAUGUUGAGGGUAAGAACAUUUAUUUUUGGUUCCAGAACGUCAGGGCUCGAGAGAAGCAGAUGAAGAGGUGCAAUCAGGCUGCUCAAGUGCCCAUGGGAACUAGUUCUCCUGGUACUGGUGGAUCCAUCGAUCUCAAUUUUGGGUCCACUGGUUCUACUGGUGCUGGUGGAUCCAUCGACAUCAAUUUUGGGCCAGCUGGUGGAUCCAUUGACAUCAAUUUUGGGUCCACUAGUUCUACUGAUGAUGGUAGAUCCAUUAAUCUCAACUUUGGUUCCACCGAUUCUACUGGAGGACAAACAUCCCUGCAACAACGAGGAGGAGAUCACCAGGAGGUUGAAACUCUUCCUCUGUUCCCCGUGCACGGCGAGGACGUCUUUGGUAACCCGAAGACUACUUCCGAGGAAGGUAGCGCAUUUGGUUACUAUUCUGGUGGCUCAGGCGGUUACCACAGUGGCUCAAACGUUUCUCUUGAGCUCAGCCUCAACCCAUCCGGAGCUGCUGACUAGGCUUAGUAUAGCAUAGUCCUCGUUUCCCUUUUUGUAAUAUAAAAUCAAUAAGAUUGUGUGCAUGUUUUCUUUUCUUUUUGUUUAACCAACAACAACACCAAGGAUCGAACCUUGGUCACUCAAUACUCUUUUCAAAACCAUCGAGAACUCUGCUUCACACAUCUUUCAAAAUGAUUUAUCACAAACAAUCAUUCAACCUAGCAAUCAAUUAAGUCACACAGAGGUCAAGCUAGUAUCCUCUGAGUCAAACCAAACACAAUACUUUCGUCGCUAGAAUUAGGGAUUAAUAAAGCUAAACACUUCCUGAGUUAGCUAGGAAAAAACCCACGUCUUUAGAGUUACUCUUACAACUCUUAUAGAA